GCACCACCUGUGUCCUCGUGUCCUUCCCCUUCAUCUUCAACCCCUGCCUGGGUUGCAAGGAGAACACGCCGCAGUGGGCAGCCUUCAUCUACUACCUCCCUUUCAUCAUCAUCUUCCAAAUCGGCUGGGCGGCCACACAGAUCUCCCACUUGUCCCUCAUCCCUGAGCUGGUGACCACUGACCAUGAGAAGGUGGAGCUCACAGCUUUCAGGUAUGCCUUCACCGUCAUGGCCAAUAUUACUGUGUACGGCCUGGCCUGGCUGCUGCUGAACUUCCAGGUGGACCAGCCUGACCGCACAGAGCACUUAGGCAUCCAAGAUGUCCCUAUAUUUCGGAACCUGUCCCUCAUCGUGGUGGGGCUGGGGGCCGUGUUCUCCCUCAUCUUCCACCUGGGCACCAAAGAGAAGCUGUACCCGCCGGGCUUACUGCCCCAGCUGGAGGAGAGCACACCCCUGCUGCAGAAGGAGCCUACGAGCCCCCCGCGCCCACUGCUGAUCUGGAAAGACUGGCUGCUGGAGCCUGCCUUCUACCAGGUUGCAGUGCUCUACAUGUCCACCCGGCUCAUCGUCAACCUGUCCCAGACUUACAUCGCCAUGUACCUGACCAACUCGCUACUACUGCCCAAGAAAUACAUCGCCACCAUUCCCCUGGUGAUGUACAUCAGUGGCUUCCUUUCCUCCUUCCUCAUGAAGCCUGUGAAUAAGUGGAUAGGUCGAAAUUUGACCUACUUCGUGGGCAUCCUGGUGAUCUUGGCCUUUGCCUCCUGGGUGACCCUGGCCAGGCAGAUGGGAGUGGAGAUCUAUGGGGCGGCUGUGCUGCUUGGGGCUGGCUCGGCCACCAUCCUGGUCACCUCCCUCUCCAUGACAGCAGAUCUCAUUGGCACCAACACGCACAGCGGCGCCUUCGUCUAUGGCGCCAUGAGCUUCACCGACAAGAUGGCCAACGGCCUGGCUGUGAUGGCGAUCCAGAACCUGCACCCGUGCCCGACCGAGCUCUGCUGCCCUGCCUGCAUCAGUUUCUACCACUGGGUGAUGGUGUUGGUCACCGGAGGCAUUGCCAUCGCUGCCAUUGCCUCUCUGUGCUGCAUUAUGGUCUGGCCCAUCCGUAUCCGCUACCGUGCUGUCUGCCUGCAGGGGCUGAGUGGAGUGGGGACCCCCUACGGCGGGAUGGAGAGUGUGGAGGGAAGGAGCCGGGGAAGCACCGUCAACUGA